UGGUUGAUCUUUCUUUCUUUUUCUUUUUUUUUGUGUCUUUUAAUAAAUCAAUAUAAGUGGCCUCGUUGAAUUUGAGCCGGUGGUUGAUUGUUUUAUAAGUGAAUAAGAAAAAAGUAGAAGAGACACAGGUGUGCUUUGCUCUUCAUAAUUUCACAAGAGAAAUGGAGAAAAAGAGGAAGUGGUUGAGAUGAUGGAGCUUGUAGGGCUUGUAAGAAUCCGAGUGAUAAGAGGGAUCAAUCUUGCUCGCAGAGACGCUUUUAGCAGCGACCCUUUUGUCGUCAUAACCAUGGGUGCACAGAAGCUCAAGUCUUUUACUGUGAAAAAUAACUGCAACCCCGAGUGGAACGAGGAACUGACCCUUGCAAUUGAAAAUCCCAAGGAGCCUGUAAAUAUGAUGGUGUAUGACAAAGAUACUUUUACAGCCGACGACAAGAUGGGAGAUGCUGAGAUAGAUAUCAAACCGUUCCUAGAUGUUCACAAACGAGGUUUGCUAGAACUUCCAGAUGGUAAAGAGCUCAAUAGAAUUGCUCCUACCAAAGAGAACUGCUUGUCUGAAGAGAGCAGAAUCGUCUCUGAUAACGGCAAGAUCGUUCAGAACAUGAUUCUUGUGUUGAGGAAUGUUGAAUGUGGCAAGGUUGAGAUUCAGCUUGAGUGGAUUAAAAAUCCAGGUGGUUCUGGACUCUGAAACAGAGAUAUGAAGUAUCUUUAUGAUUCUCAAUCUCCCUCUUUGUAAUAAAUAAAUAAAAAAUCUCAGUUCGUUUUGGGUUUCAGACAAAGUAACAAAAAGUAGAUUAGAAACUUUACUUUACUAUGCUUUGUAAUUGAAAUCUUUUGGUUUUAGUCAUCUAACUGAAACCGUUUUGGUUUCCCGCGAGUUAAAACGUGUUUGCUUUCAUUUU